AUGACGAAGCCGUCUGCCGAAAAUGAAGAACCCGGAAUUGUCUACAAAGUGGCGGGUUCACUUGUCAUUGCGGAAAAUAUGAGCGGUACGAGGAUGUACGAGUUAGCCAAAGUAGGAUGGAACAAAUUGGUGGGUGAAAUUAUACGAUUAGAAGGAAAUUAUGCAUAUAUACAAGUGUAUGAAGACACGUCAGGGCUAUCUGUUGGAGACCCAGUUACGAAAACAGGCAAUGCCUUGUCAGUAGAAUUAGGGCCAGGUAUACUGGAUAAUAUAUAUGAUGGGAUCCAGAGACCACUAGAAAGAAUCGCUAAUGUCUGUGGGGAUGUUUAUAUUUUCAAAGGAAUCGACAUGACUUCAUUAGAUCACGAAAAGGAGUGGCAAUUUUAUGCAGAUAAAAAAGUAAAAAUAAAUGAUAUCAUCACAGGUGGAGAUAUAUUCGGCUAUGUAGAUGAAAAUAAAUUAUUUAAAGAACACAAAAUUAUGGCACCUCCAAAUGCAAAGGGUAGAGUAACGUACAUUGCUCCAGACGGCUCGUACACUUUGAAGGAUAAAAUAUUUGAGCUGGAAUAUCAGGGGAAAAAAUACACCUAUGGGUUAUCUCACCUUUGGCCAGUUAGAGAUCCAAGACCAGUCUUAGAAAAGGUUACUGGUGACACUUUACUGCUAACAGGACAACGAGUCUUAGACUCUUUAUUCCCCACCGUGUUGGGAGGCACUUGUGCCAUUCCUGGAGCAUUCGGAUGUGGAAAGACGUGUGUUUCUCAGGCCUUGUCAAAAUAUUCAAACAGUGAAGUAAUUAUAUAUGUAGGUUGUGGAGAAAGAGGAAAUGAAAUGGCUGAAAUUUUAUCCGAUUUUCCUGAAUUAACAACCAAGGUGGAUAACGAAGAUGUUGGCAUUAUGCAGAGAACAUGUUUAGUGGCCAACACUUCUAAUAUGCCUGUCGCAGCAAGGGAGGCAAGUAUAUACACUGGCAUAACCCUAUGUGAAUAUUUUCGUGACAUGGGGUAUAACGCUACUAUGAUGGCGGAUAGUACGAGUAGAUGGGCUGAAGCUUUAAGAGAGAUUUCCGGGCGUUUAGCAGAAAUGCCUGCAGAUAGUGGGUACCCAGCAUACCUUGGUGCCAGAUUAGCUUCCUUCUACGAACGAGCAGGGAAAGUAAAAUGUAUUGGGUCUCCAUCUCGAAUGGGUUCCAUCACCAUUGUAGGUGCAGUAUCCCCACCAGGAGGGGAUUUCUCAGAUCCAGUAACCACAGCAACCAUGUCUAUCGUGCAAGCCUUCUGGGGAUUAGAUAAAAAAUUAGCACAAAGGAAACAUUUCCCCUCUGUUAAUUGGUCCACAUCUUUUUCGAAAUACGUAAGGCAAUUGGAGCAAUAUUUCGAUAAUUUCGACCAAGACUUCUUGUCAUUAAGACAAAAAAUAAGUGAUAUACUACAACAGGAGAGUGACUUAAAUGAUAUAGUCCAGCUGGUUGGAAAGGACUCUCUAUCGGAGGAUCAAAAAGUGGUGAUGGAAGUCGCCAAAAUUAUUAGAGAAGAUUUCCUUCAACAAAAUGCCUUUAGCGAUUAUGAUUAUAUGUGCCCUUUGCAAAAAACCGUUGGUAUGAUGAAAAUUAUUUGUCAUUUUUAUGCUCAAUGUUUGAGGACUUUACAAGAAUAUGAUUCACGAGAGAGGAAAAUCGGAUGGGGCUCCAUUUACAACACUUUGAGGCCUACUAUAAAUAAAAUUACUCACAUGAAAUUUGAAUCUCCAAAAAAUUCAGAUGAGUAUUUUAAAAAGUACUUCAAGGCUUUAGAGGAGGAAAUAACCGUUGGCCUUCGAAAUUUGGUAGAG